UUGCCAGGAUUUUCCUCUCCAUCUUCUUCGUUAACAUAGGCUACGCAUUGUUACAAGCAUUCUGAACGUGGGCAUCAUUGUGUUUAUUACUCGUGCUGUGAUCACGGAGUGUCUCUAUCAUCAAUGGACUUGUCCGCCUCUGGUAUUCAAGAGCCCUUCGAUCUCAUCCGGCUCUCCCUCAGCGAGCGUGUAUUCGUCAAGUUGAGAGGCGAUCGAGAGCUCACAGGGGUUCUUCAUGCAUACGAUGGACACAUGAACCUUAUUCUAAGUGAUGUCGAAGAGACAAUCAUGCUUGUUGAUGCGGCAGAGGGCGCACUACCAUCACAAGGCGUCAUUAGUAUGGCUAAACGGAAGAUGCCAAUGUUGUUCGUUCGCGGUGACGGUGUCAUCCUUGUAUCACCACCUUCUCGAACUUAAUCGAGC